GUCAUGAGAACUCUACUAUGUCAUGUUUCGGAUACAGCGUAUCCUAACAUGAUACAAACUUCUUUCAUUUACUUUCAGGUGUUGUUUGCCGCCCUGGUUGCCGCGUGCGCCGCCGCGCCGUCCCGCUUCUACGCCGCCCCCGAGCAGCGCUCCCUCCAGCCGGCCACAGUCCGCAUCCUGGAGGAGUCCAGCGAGCGCAUCGGACAGGACGGCUUCGCCUUCCGCUUCCUCUCCGAGGACAACAUCCUGCGGCAGGAGGAGAGCAGGGACGGCACCGUGUUCGGCAGCUACAGCUACACGUCGCCGGAGGGCGUCGAGGUCAGCGUGCGCUACGUGGCCGACGCGCUGGGCUUCCGCGUCGAGAGCGACGCGCUGCCGACGCCGGUGCCGACCGAGUACCCGACGCCAGAGGUGCCCGUCACCGAGGCUGAGGUCAGGACCGUGGAGGUCUACACUGCCCCCGAAACUGAGGUCAGGGCUGAAGGGGUCUAUUCUGCCCCCGAGACUGAGGUCAGGACCGUGGAGGUCUACACUGCCCCCGAGACUGUGGUUAGGGCUGAAGAGGUCUACACUGCCCCCGAGGCUGAGGUCAGGGCUGAGGAGGUUGAGGUCAGGGCUGAGCAGAGCUAUUCUGCCCCGGAGGCCGAGGUCAGGGCUGAGGUCAGGGCUGAGGAGAGCUAUUUUGCCCCGGAGGCCGAGGUCAGGGCUGAGGUCAGAGCUGAGGAGAGCUACUCUGCCCCCGAGCCUGAGGUGCGUGUGGAGGCGCCAGUAAGGUAUGAGCGUGUCAUCGUCGGCUACAGGCCCCGCUAUCAGUGAAUAUCUCUCUCUAAUGCGGUCUAUGUACAUAUUUAUCGGUGCAUGAAAGAGAAUACCCGUGCUUGUAAACGCUCGCUUUCGUAUUCGAAUAUUUCUUAGGGCAGUGGUGAGUGAAACGCUGGUCGAUGUCUGAACUUAAUUUGCAUUGCGAAUGUCUAUUUAUGAAGUUUUUUGAAGUUGCUGAGCCUAACUAUGUAAUGGUGAGUGAAAGGUCUGGAAA